UUGGCAGUGGAUCGGCUGCAGUAUCGGUGAUUUCUAUUGUUGGUGAUAUUUCCGGGAUUUUUGGGGGUCAAGGUCAGAGAAGGCAAGAAGGUUUUGGAGAGUGCAGGUCGAUUACCUGAAUUGAAUUGAAAUUUCAUUCCGAAUUAUGUUGUGGAUUGUUGUCAUGCUGUCCCUCGUGGGCCACUGCGCGGCGUUAUUACCCACAUUUGGAAUUUGUCCGGAAGUAGAAACCAUUGAACGUCUCAAUAUGACUACGUUCAUGGGGAAGUGGUAUGAAGCUGAAAGGUACUUUUCCAUCGUCGAGUUUGGGGCCAAGUGUGGGACUUUUAACUAUUCCGCUGGCCAGAAUGGAGCUUUGAGAAUUGUUACGUCUCAAACAUCAGCAUUAACUGGCAUUGAAUCGAACCUUGAAGCUAUUGCUCGCCCAAUUAGCAGAGCAGAUGAUCCGAAACUGACAGUUUCCUAUCCAUCACUUCCGAUCCAAUACCCGACACCUCAUUGGGUUUUAGGAACAGAUUAUGAUUCAUACGCUGUUCUCUGGAGUUGCACAAACAUGGGAGUAUUCAGCAUCAAGAGUGCCUGGAUUUUAACUAGAGAACGUCAGCCACCAGUACCUGUAGUGGAGAAGGCUUACAAAAUCCUCGACAAAAAUCACAUCAGCCGAGCAUUUUUCUACAGAACAGACCAGAAGAAUUGUCCAGCUAAAAGGAAUUAGUUUAAUUUUGUGAUAGA